AGGAUGACAAAAUGGGUUUCUUUGAGUUCCUCCUGUCAAGUGGAAAGCUGAAUAAAGAAGACUUACUUCCAACUGUGAUUGAUGUUCUAUUUGGUGGAGUUGACACAACUUCCAACACGAUGCAGUGGGUGUUGCACAUGAUUGCGAAAAAUCCUGACAAGCAAGACAUCCUGCGACAAGAGGUGCUUGUGCGACAAGAGGUUCUUGUCUUUUUCAUGAGUCGAGACGGAGAAGUGUUCGAAAACGCUGAGGCGUUUAAACCAGAAAGAUGGCUGAGCGAGAAAGACUUUGUUUUAACCGAAGCAGCGGAAGUCUUCUCUUCCAUUCCGUUUGGAUUUGGAACCCCAAUGUGUCUUGGCCCUCGAAUAGCUGAGUUGGAGCUUCAUCUUUUACUGCCCAGGAACGUGCGACAAUUUAAAAUUUCUUAUCCUCCUGAUGCGGAGAAUGUGGAGUACUUUUCGCGCGGUGUCACUGUUCCUGACAGAGCUGUGAGAGUGAAGUUUGUGAACAGCCAAUAAUUCCUCCGUCAUGCUUCUAAGGGAGUUCGCGCAAACCACUACAAUGACUGCAAUGAUAAUGUCAACAAAUUAAACAAAACGUUUAAUGAACAGAGAACAGCUAUGCAAGCGCGUGCGUUUUAAAUUAAUCUUGGUUUAUUUCUUCGCCAUCGUCUACAAAACUAAUCUUAAAUCCAGGUCUCCCACGGCCAAAAGGGGCUAGAUCUGGGUACUAGAACAAUGCGAAAUGACCAAAGUUUACAUCUUCUGGAGAACACAAACCAUAAAUUUCGUUUUUUGAACUCAACGUUGUCUUUACAUACUUUGCCAGUUGAUGAUAGCUCUAACGCCGGGAGAUACUCUAAAUAAAUUGAAACGUGAAACUUUCAAGUAGAAUGCAUAAACUAGUUUUUCAAUCGACCUGGUCCUCGAAAACUUUCUUUUCAAAAUUAAACUGGCAUUAAUAAGAAAUAAC